UUUCUCCAAGCUCUCCGGGAGCGGGUCGGAAUCCCAGAGGCUGCGGUGGCUGCCCGGUGGCCGGAGCCGAGUUGCUGGAGGCUCCCGUGGCCGCCGCCCGUCUUCCCUUCACGCCCACCCAGACUGCCCGCUCCAUCCGCAGAAAGCCUCGCAGGUGCCGGACGAUGGCAGCGCGGGGGUCGGGGGUCGCGCUGCGCCUCCGGCUCCUUUUGCAGCUGGUGGCCGGGCUCUGGGGUCCGGCGGGCGCGGGGCGCGGUGCGGCCAGAGGAUUAGCUGAACCAUCCUCUAUUGCAAAACAUGAAGAUAAUUUGUUUAAGGAUUUAUUUCAAGACUAUGAAAAAUGGGUUCGUCCUGUGGAACACCUGAGUGAUAAAAUUAAAAUAAAGUUUGGUCUUGCAAUAUCUCAAUUAGUGGAUGUGGAUGAGAAAAAUCAAUUGAUGACAACAAAUGUCUGGUUGAAACAGGAAUGGAAAGACGUAAAAUUAAGAUGGAACCCUGAUGACUAUGGUGGAAUAAAAGUUAUACGUGUCCCUUCCAACUCUCUCUGGACCCCCGACAUUGUCUUGUUUGAUAAUGCAGACGGGCGUUUCGAAGGGGCCAGCACGAAAACAGUCGUCAGGUAUGAUGGCAGCGUCACCUGGACUCCACCGGCGAACUACAAAAGCUCCUGCACCAUCGAUGUCACGUUUUUCCCCUUUGACCUCCAGAACUGUUCCAUGAAAUUCGGUUCGUGGACGUACGAUGGCUCCCAGGUCGACAUCCUUUUAGAGGACCGCGAGGUGGACAAGAGGGAUUUUUUUGAUAACGGAGAAUGGGAAAUAGUGAGUGCCACCGGGAGCAAAGGGAACAGAAGUGACAGCUGCUGCUGGUACCCUUACAUCACGUACUCAUUUGUGAUCAAGCGCCUGCCUCUCUUCUAUACCUUGUUCCUUAUCAUCCCCUGUAUCGGGCUCUCGUUUUUAACGGUGCUUGUCUUCUAUCUUCCUUCCAACGAAGGUGAAAAGAUCUGUCUCUGCACGUCCGUCCUUGUCUCCUUGACCGUCUUCCUUCUGGUCAUUGAAGAGAUCAUUCCCUCCUCUUCCAAAGUAAUCCCUCUGAUUGGAGAGUAUCUGGUCUUCACCAUGAUUUUUGUGACCCUGUCGAUUAUGGUGACUGUCUUUGCCAUCAACAUCCAUCACCGCUCUUCCUCGACACACAGUGCCAUGGCGCCCUGGGUCCGCCGGGUAUUUCUCCACCAGCUCCCAAAGCUGCUGUGCAUGAGGAGUCACGUAGAUAGAUACUUCGCUCAGAAGGAGGAGGCUGCGAGCCCCAGCCCGCCACCGGCUUCUCGGAACACACUGGAGGCGGCGCUGGAUUCGAUUCGUUACAUCACAAGACACGUGGUGAAGGAGAACGAAGUGCGCGAGGUUGUUGAAGAUUGGAAAUUCAUAGCCCAGGUCCUUGAUCGGAUGUUUCUGUGGAUCUUUCUUCUGGUUUCAAUUAUUGGAUCUCUUGGGCUCUUUGUUCCCGUGAUUUACAAGUGGGCAAAUAUAAUAGUGCCAGUUCAUAUUGGAAAUGCAAAUACGUAAUACUUCUCAGGGAACUGUAGGAGGAAUUUAGAUACCCGAAGUCCCCUUUAGUGUAUGGUACUGGUAAAAUUAUGAAAAUAUAGAUGGUACUGGACAUCUGAGAUUAGCUUUAGCAGAUUAAUAGCCACGGACAUCAAUUUGUCUUUGUAGAGUGCUGGUAGAGUGUCUACCUGCAUGUCUAAAGUAGUAAUUCACCCAGUGACAGAUGAUUUCCUAAAAUUGGGUACAUAUUAGUCAUACUAGUGAAAAUCUGUAUUUUGGCAAAUACUAAUUUGUAAUCAACAGUGAUGAUUAUCUUUUGAUCGUGCUGGAAAAUUCCUGUUGUAUUGAAGACUGAUUUUUUUCAGCAGCUGGUAUAAGUAUACAUUUUUUAAUUGCUUCUGUUCUGUGCUCACUGGGAAAUAACUCAUUUGCAUACACAAUUAUUGCUAUCAUGUUAAGUAGGUUUGAUUUCUUGAUAUAAUGAUGUAUUGUGAUGCAAUACAUUUCUAUAACCCACGCCUUUAAAAAUGAAAAAGGGAAAACUAGGAACUUCAGUAAGACUAUAUUCUUGAGAUGGUCUUAAUUAGUUAUAUUAACUAGUUGUAUUGUUAAAACUAGUUAUAUUAACUACUUUUAUAGCUUCUUUAUAAGACUUACACAAUAGACAAUUCUGGGGUACAUAUAACAGCAUAUCCAUAAUAUUAAUUUCAAUCCCCCCAUUCCAGUUACCUUUUUUGUUUUGUUUUGUUUGGGGGGGCACACCUGGCAAUGCGCAGGGGUUACUCCUGGCUCUGCACUCAGAAAUUACUCCGGACGGUGCUGGAGGACUGUGUGGGAUGCCAGGGAUCAAACCCGGGUCGACUGUGUGCAAGGCCAACACCCUACCUGCUGUACUGCUGUUCCGACUCCAACCUUUUAUGUAAUUUAUGAUAGAUAUUUUUUCUAUUAAUUUUCUAAAAGUUUAGUACUAUUAAGUGAAUUCCAUUGAGGGUGUUGGGGUAACUCCUGGUGGUGCUCCAGGGGCCAGUUGUGGUCCAGGGAAUUAAACUGGGAUUGGCCAGUGUAAGGCAAAAUACCUUAGUCCCUAUAUUUUCUCUCCAGUCCAUGGAUUCCAUAUUUAUUUAUUUAUUUAUUUUCUUUUUGGGUCACACCCAGCAAUGCAGAGGGGUUACUCCUAGCUCAUGCACUCAGGAAUUACUCCUGGAGAUGCUCAGGGGACCAUACAGGAUGCUGGGAAUCGAACCCGGGUUGGCCGCUUGCAAGGCAAAUACCUUACCUGCUGUGCUAUUGCUCCAGCCCCUGAAUUCCAUUUUUUAAAUGUGUCAACAGAUAUCAUUAAAUGGCUCUUUGAAAAAACCAUCCUUCCAGAUGAUAGAAGGUAUGUUAAUGAGAUGUAAGAACAUGGUCCCAUUCCUGUGUUUCCAUUUUAUCUCUUGAGUUCUAGUACUUGAAUCAAUACUUAUAGGGAAUUUACAGAGACUGGGUUCCCCUUACCAUGGCUGUACUUUCUGUGGUUUCAGUUACACACUGGUGAACUAUAAGCCUACAGCAAGCUGUAGCGACAGAACACUCAUGUAAUUCUUUUUGUACAUUGCUAUAAUUCUAUGUUAUUAUAGUACAUUGUUAUGGGGCUAAGAGUACAGGGUUAAGGUACUUACUUGCCUUGCAUUCAGCUGACCCUGGUACCACAUAUGUUCCCUUGAGCCCUACCAGGAGUGGUCCCCAAAAUCAAACAUAAUAUGUUAUAAUUUUGUUUCAUUAUUAUUGUUAAUCUUUUGUUUUGGGAGGCCAUACAUGGAUUACUCCUGGCUCUCCACUCAGGAAUCACUUCUGGCAGUGCUCAGGGGAUCAUAUGGGAUGCCAGGGAUCAAGCCUAGGUGUGCCAUGUGUAAGGCAAGUGCCUUACCCACUAUACUAUCUCUCCAGUCCCUAUUAUUAUUAAUCUUAACUGUACCUAAUUUGUGAAUUAAAGUUUAACAUAAGUAAGUUUGCAUGGGGAAAAAUAUAGUGUAGGAUUGAGGACUACUGUGAACUAGUUUUGCCCAUUGCUACUUCCUUAAUACUGUAUCAGCACCACGGGAGACAAUUUCCUGGAUUCAGCCCAAACCAGGAAGAAGACACUGAUAGAAAUCUUGCCUUCGAUUUAGAAUUCUGAGCUCUUGCAGGAACAGAUGCCUUGUUUAUACUAAAUAAUCCCGCUAAAUUCAGAUCAUCACUGUGGCAGGUGGAGGGGAGUCUGUCCAAUCUGCAUUUUAGCGUAGCCGAGUAUUUAGUGCCAUUUAAUGAGUGAAACUCUGAUUUGAUGAAUCUAAAUUGCCUGUUAGUUAUCUUCCCCUGUGUACAUCCUCUCCCGCUCCCUCAUUACUGUUAAUUCAAUUUUUA